AUGACCGAUCCCAACGCACACACACCGUCUACGUUGGCAAUGAAUACGGUUGACUCAAGCAACGGGUCGCAGAGCUCACUGUGGCCUAAACAUGCACAUGAAGAUGGCAUGGUUCAUGAGAACGAAGGAGGGACCGGAUCCAGUUCAUCGGAGGCGCCGAUGUCGAAAGGUAACAGUGAAUCGUCAAAGGACAAUAAUACGAAUGCAAAGAACCGUGUGAGCGAUCUUGUAAAUACGCCAGCACCCACUUUUAAGGAGAAGAUGCAAGCGUUUUUCUAUAAUAAGGGAAUGGCUCCCAUGCCAGAAUAUAUGGUUAAUAUCUACAAUAAUACCCCCAGAUAUAUCUAUGUGAAUCAUGAGUUGCCAGACGAGUUGAAAGACCCCCAUUCGGGCAACCCUUUAUUGAUAUAUCCCAGAAACAAGAUCAGAACCACGAAAUACACCCCAUUAUCAUUUUUGCCUAAAAAUAUCUUGUUUCAAUUUACGAAUGUGGCUAAUACGUAUUUCUUGAUAUUGGUUAUUUUAGGUGCAUUCCAGAUAUUCGGGGUGCCCAAUCCAGGUUUGGCUGCGGUGCCUUUGAUUGUUAUUGUAUGUAUUACUGCCAUCAAGGAUGCUAUCGAAGAUUACAGAAGGGGUUCAAGUGACUCCGAAUUGAAUAACUCGCCCAUCCAUUUGUUGCAAGGGUUAAAUAAUUCCAAUGUGCUAACUACGUAUGUGGGACCAUGGAGGAAAUUCAAAAAGGCUUGUACUAGACAAAAUGGGAAGUUUUUUAAGGCUAUGAAGAAAGCCGCUAUUAUGGUGUUUGGCAAAAGAUCUGUAAAAGCUGAUCUUGUUAGACAAGAGAGAGAAGAGGAAAUUAAUGCUUUACAUAGGGUUUCCACUGUACAUUCCGAGUAUUCUUAUGCUUCGAAUAGAGUUUCGAUGAAUAGACCUUCUUCGAGUAGACCAAGAAAGUCGGGACAAUCGCGUGUUUCAAGAAAUAUGCAUUCGAAACCGUUAUCCGAUUCCAUAGUCAAUCCUCACCUUUUUGCUGAUAACUCUACUAAUACUGUUUUUAAAAACCGUAGAUGGAAGGAUGUUGCAAUAGGUGAUUUUAUUAGAAUUAGAGCCAACGAGGAAGUUCCAGCCGAUGUUAUUAUUAUCUCCACUUCUGAUAUUGAAGGAAAUUGUUAUAUUGAAACGAAAAAUUUAGACGGUGAGACUAACUUGAAGGUUAAAAAUGCAUUAAAGUGUGGUGGUUCUGGUAACAUCAAGCAUUCUCAGGAUUUGGGUAAUACAAGAUUUUGGAUCGAAUGUGAUGCGCCAAAUAGUCUGUUGUAUACAUUCAAAGGAACAAUCCACUAUGAGAAUUUUAACGAACAUGGCCAACUAAUUAACGAAGAUGAAAAAGAAGCAAUUAGUAAUGAUAAUGUUUUGUUGAGAGGAUCAACCUUAAGAAACACAAAAUGGGUAAUUGGUGUUGUUGUUUACACCGGUAGUGAAACAAAGAUUAUGUUGAACUCAGGUAUAACCCCAACCAAAUCGUCUCUUAUUUCGAGACAAUUAAAUUUAUCUGUUAUCAUAAAUUUCUUAGUCUUGUUUGUUUUAUGUUUUGUUUCAGGUUUGAUCAAUGGUCUUUUUUAUAAUAAAAAGGAAGUAUCAAGAAUAUAUUUUGAUUUCAAACCAUAUGCACCCACUGCCGCGGCUAAUGGUGUCCUUGCCUUUUUCGUGGCUUUAAUUAUUUAUCAGUCUUUGGUUCCAAUUUCAUUGUAUAUAUCUGUUGAAAUCAUCAAAACUUUACAAGCUUUUUUUAUUUAUUCAGAUAUAAAGAUGUACUAUGAGAGACUUGACUUUCCAUGUAUUCCUAAGUCCUGGAACAUAUCUGAUGAUUUGGGACAAAUUGAAUAUAUCUUUAGUGAUAAAACUGGUACUUUAACCCAGAACGUUAUGGAAUUCAAGAAAUGUACAAUCAACGGUAAGUCGUAUGGUUAUGCUUACACAGAAGCAAAACAAGGAUUAGACAAGAGAGAAGGGGUUGAUAUUGUAAAGGAACAAGAGAAAUGGAAGCAUAUUAUAGCUGAAAAUAAAACUGAUAUGGUUGAUAACUUAACGAAAUUCAGUAACAAUAAUCAGUUUAAUGAAGAAGCUUUAACAUUUAUUUCCAAUGAUUAUGCUAAAGACACCAUUACUCCAGAGUUGGAAUCCGGUAAGAAACAAAAAGAGGCUAAUGAAACGUUUAUGUACGCAUUGGCUUUAUGUCACACUGUCGUAACUGAACAAAAUCCUGAUAAUCCAGAUUUAAGAGAUUUUAAAGCGGAAUCUCCUGAUGAAGCUGCAUUGGUAGCAGUUGCUAGGGAUGUUGGGAUUGAAUUCAAAGAAAGAUUAAGAAAAUCGUUAGUUUUGAAUAUUUACGGACAGCCCAGAGAGUAUGAAUUGUUGCAAGUUAUACCCUUCACUUCUGCUAGAAAAAGAAUGUCUUGUAUUAUCAGGACUCCAGAGAAUAAAAUUCUCUUAAUAUCUAAAGGUGCUGAUAAUGUGAUUUUCUCUAGAUUAGACAAUAAUUUGAACAAUGAGGAAGUCAUCACUAGAACAGCGUUACACUUAGAAGAUUUUGCUAAAGAAGGUUUAAGAACAUUAUGUAUCGCUCAGAAGGAAGUGGAUCCUAACUAUUUCCAAGAUUGGUUAGUGAAAUAUAAGGAAGCAUAUUCAUCCAUUGACGACAGUCGUGAGGAUAUUAUUGCUGAAUUAGAUGAAGAAAUAGAACAGAACUUAAUACUUUUAGGUGGUACAGCCAUUGAAGAUAGGUUGCAACAAGGUGUACCAGAUUCAAUUGGUAUUUUAAGAGAGGCAGGUAUUAAAUUAUGGGUUUUGACUGGUGAUAGGAUCGAAACAGCGAUUAAUAUUGGGUUUUCAUGUAACUUGUUGGAAAACGAUAUGAAACUAUUGGUUGUUCGUCCUGAUGAAAAUGAUCCUGAAAAUAUAGAACACAUCGACAACUUGCUCACAAAAUACUUGCAAGAAAAUUUUAAUAUGCUUAAUGGUGUUACAAAUUUCAAUAAUGAAAUUGCGUCUCUUAUGAACGAAGCUAAAAAGGACCACUCAUCACCAACUGCAAAUUUUGCACUUAUAAUUGAUGGUGCUGCAUUAGCGCAUAUUUUCGGUGAUUUAUCUGAUGGGAAUGAAUCAGUUAAGACUGUGAAGGACAAGUUUAUGUUACUCGGUAAACAAUGUAAAUCAGUCAUUUGCUGCCGUGUUUCCCCAUCCCAAAAAGCUAGUGUUGUAAAAAUGGUCAAGAGCUCACUUCAUGUCAUGACAUUAGCCAUUGGAGAUGGUGCUAAUGAUGUUGCGAUGAUUCAGGCUGCAAAUAUCGGUGUUGGUAUUGCCGGUGAGGAAGGUAGACAGGCUGUAAUGUCAUCAGAUUAUGCAGUCGGUCAGUUUAAGUAUUUGACGAGAUUAUUACUCGUUCACGGAAGAUGGUCCUACAAGAGGUUGGCAGAAAUGAUUCCUUGUUUUUUCUAUAAGAACGUCGUUUUCACAUUAACAUGUUUCUGGUAUGGUAUCUAUAACGAUUUCGAUGGGUCAUAUCUUUAUGAAUAUACCUAUUUGAUGUUUUAUAACUUGGCUUUUACUUCAUUGCCGAUUAUUGUUUUAGCUGUUUUAGACCAAGACGUUUCAGACACUGUUUCGCUCUUGGUUCCUCAGUUAUACAGAUCAGGUAUAUUGGGACUUGAUUGGUCGCAAUAUAAAUUCUCGUGGUAUAUGUUUGACGGACUUUACCAGUCGGUAAUUUCUUUUUUCUUUCCAUAUUUGUUGAUGUAUAAAUCAUUCCAAAAUCCCCAAGGAUUAGGAAUAGAUCAUAGAUUUUGGAUGGGUGUUGUUGCUGCAUGUAUCUCUGUUACAUCGUGUAAUGUCUACGUUUUAUUGCAGCAGUAUAGAUGGGACUGGCUUACUCUUUUGAUUGUAAGUAUAUCUAUCCUUCUUGUGUAUUUCUGGACAGGUGUUUGGAGUUCCAGAGUAUAUGCGGCUGAAUUUUAUAAAGCCGGGGCACAAGUUCUUGGUACGUUGGCAUGUUGGUGUACUAUUUUUAUCGGGAUUGUUUUCUGCCUCUUGCCAAGAUUUACAUAUGAUUUCUUAAUGAGACAUUUCCGUCCCCGUGAUAUUGAUAUUAUUAGAGAAAAAGCUCUCUCUGGCGAGUACGAUGACUAUCCUGAAGUUUAUGAUCCAACUGAUCUCGAAGAUGUUGAAAAGCAUAGGAUUUUGAGUGAAUUAAAACAUGGCGAUCCUUCUGUUUUGGAAAGAAUUGGACAUAACAUUAAGGAAGAGCAAAAUGAGGAUCCUUUUGAGGCUGGUAACACGAUAGAAAAGUCUAAUACCCUUAAGAGAACCUUCAAGACUAUCAAAAGACGUGCAACUAUUUCUAAAUCAAGAAAAGGCACUAUUGCCAGUAAUAAUAUAAAUAAGCUUGAUUUGAAUCAAUUGAGGAUACAGAUGAUGAAAGAAGGUCAAUAUGCUACGGCAAGAAACUCUUUAGAUAGAAUUCAAACAACUCAUGAAUUACCGGGAUUGACUCAAGCUGAAACAUUACUUUCAUAUCACACAAGAACAAGUAUUAAUUUUGAUCGUUGA